ACUGCAGUAAUCUGAAUCGUUCCAUUCUCUAUAGAUUCGUAAAUAUUAAGCUGCAAUGAAUACACUGUUCAACCAAUUAAUUUUUCUCGAAAUAGUUUUUCUGAGUGGGACGAAUUUAGCAAAAUUGCUGAAUUCUACCACACCUGUUAUCAGUGAUAAUUUAUUGUCAAAGAUUGUUGGUGUAAAGAAUUUCACUAAAAUUGGAAACGGUACAAACACUUCGGGAAGAGAUGACGAACAUGAGUUAGAACAGGCACCCAUUCACCUUCAAUCUGAACAGACGUACUAUGUGGGAGAAACGAUAGCAACCUUGUUAGUAGAUGAACAUGCAAAUGUGACAAAGUGCAAUAUAUUAAAGGCACACACAUGGCCCCAAAAGAGGGAAGCGUUUGCCAAACUGAAAGCAAAUUUCGUUUCGGAAACGACCCUGGAAACAAUGUUGGGUUUUAUAAGGACAUGCCACUCGUUGGACAAGAGUUUCAGUUCGGAUGACGACGGAGAUGGCGAAGACGUCGUUAAGGAACGAGAACAAGGAGGUGGCGGGAAUCCUAUACAAACGGCGGCCAGCGUGUUUAGAGCGAUAACCGGAAUUUUGCCAGGAACCAAAUGGUGCGGGCUAAACAAUGUAGCACAUGGAUGGCAUGAUCUUGGUGAUGAAAGGGAACUGGAUAAAUGUUGCAGGGGUCACGACGUCUGUCCCAAAACAGUCUCCGCAUUUGGACGGGCAUAUGACUUACUAAAUCUAAAUGUUUACACAAGCUCCCACUGCGAAUGUGACGCCAUGUUUUACGACUGUUUGAAGGAGAUUGAGUCACAGGAAGGCACGGCUGCCACGCCGACAACGACGGUGGCCGGUUUGCUGGGAAAUUUGUACUUCAACGUCCUCCGAGUACAGUGCAUAAAUGAGGAACAUCCGCCAAAGUGUACGAGCAGAUCAAAGUCGAGGAGGGGGCGCGGUUACGGGGACGGAGGGCUGAGCUGUCUCGAGUGGGAGGAGGAACCUUCCAGAACCGGGCAGAAAUUAGUCUUUCGCGAAUUUGGGCAUAAGUGGUAGUUAGUUUCAGUUAGAUAAAUAUGUAGUUAGUUAGAUACUGAAGCUGGUCUCGGAUCUGCGAUGUCUAAAAAGUCCUGUUUUGAUGGGAAUCGAGCGUGCACGCGCUCUCACCUACUUUAGCCAAUUUUAAACUUUGACCU